AUGCACCCGCCGCUGACGCUCGAGAAUCAUCCUCUGUGUCGCGACGUCGUCAUCGCGCUGAAGCGCUGCCACAGGGACGCCAGCUGGUGGGGCAGAUCCUUCGGCGCGUGCAACGAGCAGAAGUGGGCGCUGGACCAGUGCCUCAAGAAGCAGAAGCUGUUCAAGGCGCGGGCCAACGCGGAGAAGGCCAGGGAGGAGCGGGAUAGGCUGAGACGACGGGUCGAGAAGUACGGACACGCCACCGUCAACGGUGAAUUCAAGGGGAAGUGA